AUGUACGUGGUUGGCCGGAUCCUCAACCCGGUCAACCAAGAGGAAGGCAUCUUCCGCACCGUCCUGGAGUGUACUCGCGUCUUCAAAGCGUUUGUCGCUCGUCACUACGCAGGGCGGACCGUCACGCGCAAGGAGAGCGAGGAGCUGCGCGCAUCCCACGUCAUCCAGGACGGCCUGACGGCAUUCAACACCCUUCAGGGGAGCUUCGGCCUACCCGACGCCAUCUCUGACCGUGAGCUCGUGAAGGCCGGUAAGAAGACGGCCGUCCAGUGGUGGACGUGGCACGGGACGGAGCACCCCGAGCUGACAACGCUCGCUUGCCGCGUUCUCUCUCAGCCAGGGGCUGAGUGGGUGACGGUUCUCCCGGGGAACAUCCCUGAGGCCUCCCUGCCGGAAGGGUACAACGAGGUUCUGGAGGAGGAUGAGGAAGAAGGGGGAGGAGGAUGA